GGGAGUGAAGUUUUGGCUCUAGACAACCGCAUGUUGUUAGAUACUAGCAUUAGUGCUGGCCACAAUUUACAACAGAACACAGGAGAUCGGACUGAGGACAGCACAAUCUCCCUGUAUAGGAGCCCAUUGGUAGCAGACAUGGGGUCAUUCCCCAUUGUACUGCUUUGCAUUUUACUCCUGUUCGUUCCAUUGGUCAGAACACAAAAUUUUGUGGGCCUUCCCACUACAGUGACUCUGCCUCAGAGUUCACCCCAAGGGACCCUCGUUUACAAGUUCACCCUUGACAACUGUGGAAGCAACAACCCAACAGUAGCAAUUAAUUCAGUUAGCCCAAGCACCACUUUUUUCAACAACCCAACUUUGACCACUUCUGGUCUCUUAACAUAUGAUCUACAGAUCACUCUAAGCAGCACUGUGGACUUAAACGCAUACAGCGUAAAUCAGUAUACACUGAACAUCACAGCAACCUGUGGAAAUGUCACAAUUGACGGUCAGCUCUUUGUCAAAGUCAGCAGUACAAGCAAUGUACCACAGUGUGUGCCAGGCUUUUCCAGUCAAGCUGGAGAUACAGUACAGGUCUACUCAAAUAUCCCUGCUUCCAGCGUCAUUUACACAGUGGUAUUGCGUCAGCCUAACAAUGCUCCAAUAACAUACACCAUUACACAGCCUGUUUCUUCAGUUUUCACAAUUUCAAGCAAUGGAGAAGUGAUGGUUCCAGCUGCUGGAUUUACCAAUGUAUUAAAAACCUAUCAGCUGAAGAUUCUAGUGGUAGACUCACUUGGAAACAAUUGUACUGGCACCUUGAAUGUGAAUGUGCUACCUGUCACUACCACCUCCAUCAAUAUCACGAUGGCAUCAAAAGCAGUUACCAUCACAGAGAAUGGAGGCCCAAAUUAUUUUGUCACAAUUCUACAGGCUCAAGGCUCAAGUAAUAUUGUAUAUGAGAUGAUAACGCCCACCACUGCCUAUUACAUUCAACCAGGCACAGGGACGAUCCGGACCUCUUAUAACCUGGAUCUGGAGAAGACACCAGGGUUGGCCUUCACCUCUCUGCAAGUGAGGGCUUAUGACAUGUACCAACGCAGCUACAGUGCCACUGCUACUGUGAAUAUCACUGUGCUGGAUGUCAAUGACAUAGCUCCUUCAUGCAGCCCAGCCGUAUUUACAACUGCGGUUCCAGAGACAACACCCAUUAACCAACUACUUGUGAGUUUCACUUGCACAGAUCCAGAUGUGAACAGCACAAAACUCACCUACAGCAUAAUCCCUAAUGCUAACUCUCUGUACUCCUUCCGGAUGUCUGGGUCACAGCUACUGGUUAACCAGACCUUAACCUAUGAUUCUGCUGAAAUGGCCAGUUUAAAUUUCCAGUAUGCAGCCACCGUUGUUGUGAGUGAUGGUGGCUCUCCUCCACUUAUCACCAAUAUUCCUGUGUUUGUCACUGUCACUCCCGUGAAUCAAUACCCCCCUGUGUGCAAUGGACCUUUCGUUUACUCUGUGAAUGAGAAUGCCCCGUUUGGAACUGUUGUCGGUCAGGUGAAUGGCACCGAUGCGGACUACAAGUUUAACAAUGUAGAAUUCAGCAUCCAAGGAGGAACUAAUCCACCUGCCUUUUACAUCAAUCCUCGCAAUGGAGAGGUUCAUCUCCUUGGCCCUCUGGACUAUGAGACUACCACCACCUAUUCACUUAAAAUCCAAGUAGUGGAUCUGAACAAUGACAUCAAACCUGACCCAGAAAACCAAAAGACCACCUUCUGUACCAUAACAAUCAAUGUACAGGAUUAUAAUGACAACCCUCCAUUCUGCACUCCUCCAUAUUACUUAACAACCAUUUACUCCACCCUCAGUACCACAGCCAAUGUCCAGUCCCUGAAUUGCAAGGACAAUGAUGUCACUUCAGUGCUGACCUACACCAUCGUUGGUGGUGACACUAAUAAUCGUUUUUAUAUGAAUGGUAACAGUGUAAGACACAACCCUUUCUCCUACAACAACAAUGGUAUUAACGAUCCUUUGACAUUUGAACUCCUGGUCCUGGUGACAGACAGCACUAACCCCCCUCAGUACAGUACUACGGCAACUGUGAUUGUUAAUGUAGUUCCGUGGACUACUACACAACCUACCACUACGUCAACUACCACGACUCCACAAAAACAAACAAGGAUUGUGUAUGGGACAGUGACAUACUGGCAACCUGACGUUUGGUUUAUGGUGGUCCUGACAAUCACAGGUUUGCUCCUUCUUGGAGGCCUUGCACUGCUAGCCUGGAAAUUAACUAAAGGAUGCACAAUCUGUUCUUCUGGUGCACAAGAGGCAACACAACCAUUACUGAAAGACAGUUCCCUUACAGGUGUGGAUCGAGCAGCAGAGGUGCCUAAAGAUCCACCACCGGAGCAACCACCAAACAAGGAGAAAAAAGACAUUGCCCCACUUAGCCCUCUGAGCUUGCAAUUUGAUGGCAGAGCUCAAGAUCCAGUUACGGGAAGAGAAUAUCUUUUCAACAGUCACACUGGGGAGAGGCGCUGGCUGUGACAAUGAACCAGGAGUUUGGGAACCUUCUGCACUUUACUUACAUAUAAAUGUUUGCCACCCUAAUGUUCAACGGUUGUAUUUACCCCUUAUUGAGCUGCUGUUAUUGAUCUACAAUCUUCAUUCAAAGAUUAUUGUAUUGUAUUAUAAUUAUUGUAUUAGUAUUGUAUUUUUUACACUUAGGGGCAGAUUUAUUAAGGGUCGAAU